AUGCUUCGAGGUUAUCAAAUGACUCAAGCUAUUCAUGUUGCAGCAAAAUUAGGUAUCGCUGAUUUACUCGCAGAUGGCAUGCCCAAAUCUACGCGUGAAUUGGCUACAGCCUCCGGUGCUCAUCCAGCAGCAUUGCAACGAUUAUUGCGUACGCUUACUUGUGCUCAGAUUGUUACUGAAGUUCAGCAAGAUCAUUUUAUUCUCACACCAUUGAGAACAUGUCUUCAGACCACUGUAUCCUAUUCGGUACAUGCAGCAGCUUUAAUGUGGGGUGAUCCAUUUCUGUGGAAAUCUUUUGGAAAUCUUGAACAGACCAUUCGAACAGGUCAAACAGCGUUUGAUACACAAUUUGGCAUGUCAUUCUUUGAAUAUCAACAAAAAUACAAACCCGAUUUUUGCACUACCUACAAUGCUUGUAUGAAUGCCAGUUCUCGUCACGUGGAGGUCACGAAAACUUAUACGACGGGUUUUGCUAAUGCACAUCAUGUCCUUGAUGUUGGUGGUGGUUUAGGUGGACUUUUGCAUAUUUUGCUCAAACAAUAUCCUCAUCUCCGUGGUACUCUAUACGAUUUACCACAUGUAGUAGCUGAUGCCCAACCAUUCAAAGAAAAUAAUAAUGGACGCUAUGCUUUGAUUUCAGGAAAUAUAUUCGAGAGUGUUCCAUCAGGAGCAGAUAUAUAUAUCUUGUCACAUGUACUCAUGGAUCAUGAUGAUGAGAAAGCUCGAAUAAUAUUACGAAACUGUCGUCGAGCAAUGAGUGGCACUACCACGACCUGUUUACUUAUAGUUGAAAUUAUGCUCAAUAAUACGAAUGCAUCAUCCAAUCAAACAGGUCACUUAUCUGAUCUUACAAUGCUCGUGCUUACAGGUGGACGACAUCGAAGCGAAAAGGAAUUCCAGGCACUCGUUGAGAGACCGAGAAAAAUUAGUCUUCAAUCUCCAUCAGCACGUGAAGAAGAGGUUACCAAUCAUUUAGCUGAAUUAUUAAAUACAAUUAUCAACUGUCAUAAGUUUACUGUAGAAAGUGAAAUCUCUCUUGAUUACAUUUCUGAUGAUUUAACCGAAGAUGAAAUUGAUCAAUAUGCUGUAUCAGAAGACUCUGAAUUAGAUCCUGAUUUCAACGACACGGACAACGACGACAGUGAUGGUCUUCUUCAAAAAUUUUCUUUAGAUUAUAUGAAAAAGGUUAUUGAAUAUUAUGAUGAAAGAAAUCCGUUGACAGGAAAACGCCGUCGGUCUUGGAAGGGUGUGAAGCGUCGAUUUAAACGUGUUACACGUUCAUCAUAUAUAUCUCGUUUUCGUGCUUAUAUUGAAAAGGGAGGAACAAGAACGCAAAAAUGGGAAAAUAUUAAUAAUUAUGUUUAUCAUAAAUUUGAACAAGCUCGAGAAUCUAAUCUUCCUGUACAUGAUCUCGACUUACGUCGCUGGGGCUUAGAAAAAGCUAAACAAGAAUUAUUCCAUGAGUUUACUGCUUCUGAAAAAUGGUUGUUUAAUUUUAAAAUAGAGCACAACAUAUGCUCGAGAAAAUUAACUAAAGUGAUAAUAACAACUAAACAAGUAACAAGUAAAGAAGAAGUUCAACAUUCUGCUGAUGAAUUUGUAUCAACUAUACGAAAUCUUUUACCAAAAUAUAAUCAUGAUUAUGUGAUAAACACAGAUCAAUCUCGUAUUCAAAUUGAGUUUUAUUCAACUCGAACCCUUUCUUUUAAAGGGGAAAGAAGUACUGCCAUAAAUGUUCGUUCGAAGAAUGCGACCACACAUUCAUUUACCGUGCAACCAUGUGUCAGCCUCAGUGGCAAACUUGUCGGACCACUUUUCCUCUGUUUAAAAGAACCCGCUGGUUAUUUAAGUGAAAAUGUUCGAGUAAGAUUCUCAAUAUAAUGAUCUCUUUUUUUCGUAUUAGUGUAGUUCGAAAAAUACAUCUUGGUUUUUAUUGAAUAUUUCAGGGUCGUCUAUUCAAAGCUCCUAAUAUAGUAGUAUCGUGUAGUAAAUCCGGCAAACUCACGACUGAUCUUGUGAAAUUUUGGCGAGAUAAUGUCUUACUUCCUUCCAUUGCUUCUCAUCAUACUCUUCUCAUCUCUGACUGCUGGCCUGGUCAAAGUAACAUUACAGGUAUUUACGACAAUAUUAACAAACUUUAUCGGCUUGAAUUACCUAAACAUACCACCACACAAAUUCAGCUGUUGGAUUUAUUUUACAAUAAUCAGCACAAAUAUAUUGCUCGUCGUAUGUUCGAUCGAGUACUACUUGAUGGUCUUGAUAUUAAUUUAAGUGAACGUAAUUCUAUCAUUUGUAGCCAAUCUCUCAUUUAUAAUCAGCUAUGUGCUCCUGUUUUUCAAAAAAUGCUACAGUAUGCAUGGCACGCAAGUGGAUAUAUAGACGAUCAUCCCGGUUCUUUUCUAACUGUUAAACAAGUGUGCUUUACAUUUCAUAACAUUUCAGGCAAUGGUAGCUGUUGUGAAUCGUCUCCCUCUAUUUGUUGCAGUUGGUGUACAAAAAACUUUUGCUUCCAACAUUUCUUUUCUGAUUAUCAUUUUCAUCAUAAUUUAUAUGAUUUAUCUUAAAGUAGUUGUUAUGCGGCCCAUACAUUAGCUAUUUUUUCGUUUUUCUUCUUUCGGUACGCAAUGCUACCGAUACACAUUGUUAAAAUUAGGUCAGAUAUGAGUGAGGGUGUAGGUGUAGAUGUGGGUGUGAGUGUGAUUCUUCACUUCAUUCACACUCACACUCACACCCCGCAAACCGAUUUCAUCAUAUAUAUAUAUAUAUAUAUUUAAUUUCAAAAAUAUUAUGAAGAACUUGUUAGGACAAACAAAAAAAAUGAAUGAUACUUUUAUUUGUUCAAUAUUAGAAUAUGUAAUUCAAUAUUGAGAAGUGGCUUGUUAAAGCAACACUAUGAAACUAAUGCAUUAAAUAAUUUCUUUUUGAUCUUAGGUACGAACAAGAGGCACAUGUAAGGUAAAAACAUUGUUUGUAUGUAUGGAAAAUAGAUCAUAUGUGUCGAGAGAAGAUAACUCAACAAUUCUGUAUCCUUAAAAACUCGCAUUGUAGAAACAAUACCAUAUGGAAUCCAUACAAUCGCACAAAGUGUAGGAAUUGAAAAUAGUUGAAAGCUUAGUUUCAUCGUACGACGCUAAAUGAAAGAUAAUUCGUUACAAAAAUAAUAGUAAUGAAUUUAAUUCAAUUUACCCAUUGUUGACUUUUUCCUGCUGUGAGAAUGGAUGUUUUCAUCCGAUGUCUUUGCUUUAUGUUACUAACAAUCAAUAUCACGUUUAUAAUACAUGUAAUAAACAAUACCAAGACUACAUUAAUACCCCAAUCAAUAAAACAUGGAAUGCUCUCGAAAAGAUAACAUGGGCCACCACAAAUAUAACUAUUAACAUUAUAAGCUUGUUGACAAGGAUAAAAUAUUACUAGAGCAACAUAAAAUAAAGGUGUAUAUAACAUAAAACAUCCAAUAGGAAUAUAAUGUAAGACCAUUCGAUAAUGUAUAAUGAGAUGUUCAUGAUAAAUAAAUAGAUAACGUUCAAUUGAUGUCCAUGCAGUUAGGAUUGUACUCAAGAUAAAUAACGAAUAAUUAACUAAGACCCAACUUGAACAGAUACUUUCAUUGUGUACAACGCCAUAAUGCAAAUACAUAAGUGUAAAUGGUAAUUCGACAAGAAUAAGUAAAGCAUUGACAAUCAGAAAAAUACCAAAAAUUUGGCUAGCUAAAUGAUUCCAUUUGAAAUGAUAUAAACUGUAAAUAAUGUUUAGUGAACUUUGAUUUGAAGAGAAAACUUACAUAAAGAUUGUGCAACAUAAUGAUGGGAUAUGCAUAAUGAGGAGUAAAUAGAACUUGAAAUUUCGUUCAGAUAUUGACAUUGUUGAAGUUGUAUUCACAUGGGCUAGACCAUCCGAUGCAGUGUUCAUCUUGAAGUUUUUUAAAAAUUGUUGUCGUAUGAAUUCUGAAAUAGCAACAAUAGUUAAUUUGACAUUGGUUCACAAACUUGUCUUUUUACAUCUCUCAGAACAAUCUUAAAUGUGAGCAAUUGUAUGAUGAUAUAUCUUGAAUUCUUCUCUAUAUUAUAUCAUUAGCAACGUAUCCUUCAAAUAUUCAUUUCGUUAGUUUUGUCUAUUCAUUUUAUAGAGAAUGUGUAACUUGCUUGCUUUAUUACGAAAGUGAUAAUAUUUAUCACCAGCACAUCGAUGAGUUUUUAAAAACAAGGAAUACAAUAGAAAUGUAAGAAUUAAUCUAGCAUAAUAAAGAUUAAAUUUAGUAUUUUAACGUUCAAAACUGAUACUAGAAAUUUUAAAAUUUA